AUGCCGCCAUCGACAAGAGCUGGACAGACGGGAAGGGGCGAUGAUGAUCAAACGACCACAAGCAAUGGACAGGAGGAAGGAUGGCUCACGCAGGUAGUCAGGAUCCUCCAGCUGGCGAACCCGGCACUAUCGGCAGAGGAAGCAAUAGUACGGGCCAUGGGUCUGGUCAACAUUAGCAACCAAGCUCCACGCGGGGAGACCGAAAAGAUCCCCAAGGACGUAUCGAGCUCCAUUGCUCACAUCAAGAAGCUCAGCGAUAGCAAUUGGCACACCUGGGAACCCACCUUUAUCGACUGCCUCCAGAGAGUGCAUAACGCGAAGGAAAUCCUGUAUGGUACCGUUGUACCCGGGAGCGAGGAAUACGAUGAAGACCUAGACAAGGCACUCGUGGGCCUCAUCCACGCCUGCUGCGAUAACAGCCCGGAUAGCCGCAUCGACACCUACACCGUCAGAGGGGUGGAUGAAGAAGUUCAACUUGGUAGCACACUCUAUGCCAAACUCAAGAAGGCACUAACACUAAACGACGCUGUAAAGCGAGCAGGACUGCAGGAUCGUAUCCACACAGUGCGCUUGUACAAUCGAGACGUCGUCAGACUAGGCAAGGAACUUGAUUCGAUCUGGAACGAUGCGGCACGCCUCGGAAAGCGUUUCGACGAGGACCUCAAGAAAUCAACUCUCUAUCGCUGCACGGCUCAAGAUUGGUUCUACGCCAACACCGUCGAUGCACUGAAAACGGCCAAACCAGACUGCAAGUAUGACGAAGCCUACCAUGCACUGGCCAAGAAACAGCAGGAUGGUGAGAUCACUGGUCGUAUUAGAGGAGCAGCAAGGGUCGCCACAAACGCGGAACAGGGGAGUGCCAACCAGGCGGAGCAAGGACCCAGGGGAAGGCGCGAUCCUCGCAAUCCCUUGGCCCCUCCAAAGUGCUAUGCUUUCGACAGGGGCGAGCGAUCAGCAUGCGACACCUGGAUCAUCGAUUCAGGUGCAACCCAUCAUAUGGUAAAUGAUGAGAGAAUGCUGCUCACCUCAACGAACAAGGUCGGCCAAAUCAGUACGGCAGGGGACGAAAAGCUUCAGGUGAAGGCUAUAGGAGAUGCCUCCCUUCGGGUCGGUGAGGCCACCAUCCAACUAUUGGAUGUGCUUUAUGUACCGAAACUGAAUGCUAACUUAUUGUCCGUACAAGGCUUGAUCGAGAAUGGUGCACGAGUAAUCUUCGAUGAGUUUGGAACUACCAUAAAGCAGAACGAUGGUACCCAAGUACAAUUCAAAAGGGACAGAAGACAGGGCCACUUCAAAGUGCGAGGACAAGCACUGGCUUUGGAACUGGAGGAAACACGAGAUGGCGUCCCAGAGGACAACCAGAACACAGGAAAACUAGAUAAUGCCCCAGAGGGCAAUAAGGACACGAAGCAUCAAGACAGCUACCUAUGGCAUGAGAGGUUCGGACACCCAGGACGAGACAAAACGAGACAAAUCCGGGCCCAUUACCUAGGUACCGAUGAGGAAAUGGAACAUGAGUCGAAGCACUGCAAUGCGUGCAGUCAAGGAAAACAGACUCGAGCACGGAUGAGCCAAUCAGAGUCGGAAAGAAUGGAGGCACCAUUAGAGCUGGUACACGUAGACCUGAUGACAGAUUUCAAAGGACAUGCCAACUACCACUAUGCACUAGUUGCUGUGGACGACUUCUCCUCUCUGAUCUACGUGGAACCACUCUGCACAAAGAGUGCUGCACUCACGGCGCUGAGAAGGUGGAUAGCCAGGAUGGAACGGGCAACGGACAGGAAACUCAAAACACUCCGCAGCGACAAUGGAGGAGAAUGGUGCAGCAUAGCAGCCGAAGACUGGCAAACUCAAGAGGGUUUUAAGUGGCAAAAGAGCGUCCCGGGGAUCAGCGUCCAAAAUGGACGGGCAGAGAGAGCAAUCAGAUCGGUCCAAGAAAAGAUGCGCUCGAUGCUGAUUGGUCGAGCUUGCCCUAGAGAGUUGUGGCCGUACGCAAUCACAGCAGCAGCACACGUGAUGAACCUUACCCCGUCAGCCACCAAAACCAUUCCCCACAAGGCCUUCUAUGGAACCACUGCGCACAAGCUGGCCCAGCAACUGCGAGUCUUCGGAUGCUUGGCAUGGGUUCAUGUUCAACAGAAGGACCAGCAAGGCAAGCACGGAGCUAGAGCAAAGCCAGCCAUCAUGAUUGGGUAUGACGACGAACACAAAGCAUGGAAGUUUUGCAACCCGGACCAGCCUGCGUCAAUUCAAUGGAGCAACUCAGCAACGUUCCAUGAGGACAAAGGAUGGAGUGAUCGCCAACAAGAGGCAGUCAGGCCUGUGGUGACCGCGGAGGUCGAGGAGGAGAGUGUCACGCCAGCCAUAGUGGAGGAGGAGACCAAAUCAGAGGCUGCAGUGGAGGAUCUCCUAACAGCCGAAGACAGCACAGUAGGCGCCGCCAACACAGCAAUACUGAACCUGGACCCAACACUUAGGGAAGCAAUUGAUGGUGAGGAUGCCCAGCUCUGGAAGGAGGCAAUACGAAAGGAGCUAGAAGGACUCGAGGCAAUGGGGACUUGGGAGGUGGUGCACCAACCGCCAGGAGUACCACUUGUGGACUCUAAGGUUGUGCUUCGGCUGAAGCUUGAUGCUGAUGGUGUACCUGUUAAGCACAAGGCACGACUGGUUGCAAGGGGCUUCACACAGAGAGAGGGGAUCGACUACCAAGAAACCUUCUCUCCAGUAGCACCCCUCGGAGCGAUCAGAGCCAUCUUAGCACUAGCAGUGCAGAACAACUGGGAGGUACAUGCUCUGGACAUCACUAUGGCUUACUUGAACUCCACGUUAAAGGAAGCAAUCUACAUGAAGCCGCCAGAAGGAUCAGGAGUAGCACCCGGCAAGGUGUACAAGGUAGUCAAGGGCCUAUAUGGCCUAAAGCAGUCUGGGCGAGAAUGGAAUCAGGAGUUCGACAGGUCUUUGCGACGCAUGGGAUUCUUCCAGGUAGAGUGCGCUCCCUGCAUCUACACCAAGGGACAGGGUGAAGAUAUGGCCAUUGUGGUCAUCUACGUCGAUGAUACAUUAGUCAUAGCACCACGGCUGGAAACGGUCCUAGAGGUUAAGAAGCAGAUUGGUCAGAGAUGGAAGAUGGAAGAUAGUGGUGAGGUCUCUCACUUCUUGGGCAUCAAAAUCAGUCGAGACCGUGCGAUGCGCACCAUGACGAUUGGUCAGUCAGGGUACAUCGACCAAGUGCUGGCAAAGCACCUGGACAAACGUACGAAGCCAACCAUGGUUCCAAUGCAGAGCAUACCGGAGGGAACCCUUGUCGCAAGCGCAGCACAACAGAAGGAGUAUCCGGUGAUUGUUGGCAAGCUGCUCUGGGUUGCCAACAGCACCCGGCCUGACCUUAGUCUCACCGUGGGUGUUCUCGCUAGGCACAUGCGUGAACCAUCGCAGGAGCAUUAUCAGGCAGCACAAAGGGUCUUACGCUACCUCGAAAGCACAAGGCAGGUUGGAUUGGUUUAUAGGGCAAGUGAGUCGCAAGAGCCACUGGUUGCACACAGCGAUGCAAACUGGGCAAGCGAUGCCACCAUACAGAGAAGAAGCACAUCGGGGUCAGUGGCGUUAGUGUACGGGAACCCAGUAGCCUGGAAGUCAGCGACACAAAAAUGCGUGUCGUUGUCUGCUGUCGAGGCAGAGUUCAUUGCAGCCACGGAAGCAACACGUGAGGUGCUCUUCCUCAAGCAGCUGCUACGCUCAAUUGGCAUUGCCACAGGCACACCGACGGUCUACUCGGACAACACUGGUUGCAUACAGGUUAGUAAGGACCCAGCACAGCACUGGAAGCUUAAGCACAUCGACACCAAGUAUCACUUCGUCCGUAACAACGUACAAGAGGGAAGGGUGCAGAUCAAGUACGUAGACACCACAAGAAACUUGGCAGAUGUACUCACGAAACCCAUUGGGAGGCAGGCAAUGCAGCAAGCAAGAUCUGGGCUACACCUGCAAAUACCGGCAGCAGUGUACGGAACGGGGUCCCCGAGCUAUGCAACAGUGUUGAAGAACGGAGGUCACACCUUGAAGCAACAGCAUAAUGAACAGGGUACAUAUGCUGUUGAGGGGGGGAGUUGA